AUGAGACUUUGGAAAGCGAGGGUUCUCAAACUCAUUUUGAAAACACCAAAGGAUUCCAGGCUUGGUCUCACCUCCAAAUGGUUGUCUUUGAAGCUUGGUGAUGCUGGAAACCCCAGAGGUCUUGCUAUAAGAUUCAUCCUUACCAAUUACAACAAGUUGUCCAUCCAGAGCUGGUUUACUUUGCGCCGAGUCGAGAUCGUUUCCAACAAUUCAAUCCAAGCAGUCUUUAACCCAACUGGCAUACAUGCUCCCUCCGGUUACUCCUACCGCUGCCAACGCGUGGGCAACCUGCCGCGGGACCAGGCCCUCUUGCUACCCAGCGACACGGAUGAUGGGUCGAGCCUGUGGGAGGUCACUCUUAUUGAUUUCCAGAUCCAAGGUUUUGCCAUCAAGGGGGGACGGUUUACGAAGGCCCAAGACUGCGCCUCCUCCUUCUCGCCAGCUAUUCUGAUUGGCCUGGCAACGUCCCUGAUCCUGCUGCUGGUGUUGGCCUACGCCUUGCACAUGCUCAUCUACCUGCGGUAUCUGGACCGGCACUACGAUCUCAUCGCCUCUCCUGCCCACUUCCCGCAGCUGAAAGCUCGAGACACAGCUGACGAGAAGGAGCUGCUGAGGAGCCAGGGGGCUGAAUGCUAUGAACUGAGAAGCCAACAGAUCAGCAAAAUCUAUGUUUAGCAGCACAGGCUGGCCCCCACCACGUCCACAGUGGGCUCCGAAAGUUGUUUCUGUUCUACACUAUUUGACUUGUGAAUUACAGAUUUUCACCAAAUGGAUUGAUUACAAAAGAAAAAAAAAAAGAAAAAACAGAAAAAGGAAAUAUAUAAUGAAUUCUUUUUGAACCAUCCUCUGGCCUACGUAGGUAGACUUAGGGCAAUGAAAAAAGGCAUCUCAGGGACCCCACAAAGACAAAUAUGACUGUUAGUUGCCUCAAAGUACCCUGAAAACAAAGGAGUAUUUCAAGUAGGGAAAAA